AUGAUUCAACGCUUUAUGAAUGAUCGAUCUCCAUUCAAAUUGAACUGGACUUUAUUCAUUUGGAAUCUUUCAUUAGCUAUUUUCAGUGCUAUCGCUUUCAUUCGAUUUAGUGAAGAUUUUCUCCAUUCUUUGAUAUACAAAGGAAGUUACAUAUCUUUCUGCUACUCCGUGCAUCCAUAUGGUGUUUCUGCCUUCUGGGCAUACGUGUUUUUUCUCUCAAAAAUAGUUGAACUCGGUGAUACACUAUUCAUUGUUCUGAGGAAAAAGCCAUUAAUCUUCCUGCAUUAUUAUCACCAUGUCUCAGUGCUUAUCUAUUCUGCUCAUUCAGGUGCUGAACAUACUGGUUCUGGUAAGGCAUUUAUUAGCACCAACCUUUUGACACAUUCUAUCAUGUACACUUAUUUUGCUUUCACAUCUUGCGGAAUGCGUCCACCCAAAUUAAUUUCUAUGGCAAUUACUUCUAUUCAGACGAUACAAAUGUUUGCAGGAAUUGCCGUCUCACUCUAUGUCUAUAGAGUUAAAACUCAAACUGACUUCCCGUGUCAGCAGUCAAUGCAGAACUUACUCAUCGGCACGGUACUGUACGUGACGUACGCUGCACUCUUUAUCCAUUACUUUAUUUCUACUUACUUCCACAAAUCUAGCGGAAAGAGUAAAAGGCAAUGA